AAAAUUGGCGUUAUCUUCAUCUGCAUGUUCGUUGGUGCUUUGUGAUAACGAUUCGAAUUUCGAACGUUUUUUGUCUUAGACUUUUUCUUUUUUUUAAUAAUUAAUGUUUUUAUAUUUUGUUCUUACCGUGUUCUUACAACGGGCUAAGUUACAAAAUUACUAGUUACGACCGGAAGUUGUAGUUGAGAAACCAAACUAUUACAGUAAGACGUUGUCAGUUUCAGUGACUGCAGUGAGUCAUACUAUUAAAGUAUUGAAUCCGAUACUACCUAACGUUAACACAUGUCAUAAUUGAUUUCCAAAUAUUAGUCCGAACCCAAACCCUAAGCCUAACCAUUCAAGUCAACCAAUAUUAUGUAUUUACUUUCCGAGUAGUACAGUCAUCAGGUAUCAGGAUGGAUAAUAAAGCAAUACACCAACCAAUGGUCACCGACCAAAAUGAAGAACAAGGUUCCAACAUUCACCCAUUGUCUGAUCAUAUGAACAUAAGUGUAGCGUUUAAAGAAAUAGUUUCCAAGGAUCCACCCAGGUAUACAAAAUUUCUCGAAGCUAUCAACAAAACAUUUGAAGAUAUUAGCGAUUGCGUUGGUCCAGAAGAGUUUAAAAACAUAAUGGGCGAUAUAUCAUUUUUAAAAAGUAAAAGGAAUGUAACAAAUUUGCUGUCUACAUUAAAAACUCAGAUCAGUAAUCUGAUGAGCAGGCACUUUGAACAAAUUAUUGAGGAAGAAAAUCUGUCUGAACUAUUUACCAAAAAAAUUGCAUUAAACGAGGAAGAAGCAAAAAAAUACUACAUUAAUAACGAGUCCAUGGAAAUAAUAGAAUUAGAAGAGACCUUGCGUAAACUUGAUGUACAAAUUGCGGAUUUGGAAGAAACUAAUGAAAUAUUGUUCAAUCAAGCAAAUUUCAAUGAACAGCGAUUUGAUCAAGUUUCAGAGAGGAUAGAAAUGUUAAAAGAUGAAUGUUGGACUAAAUACACAAGCAUGAAUGAACAAAUAGAAUCAAUAAGAAAAGAUUUCGUUAUCAUACUGAAAGAUAAUUUGAACAACGAAUAGUAUUUAUUUUUAAUUUAUGAUGUAACAUUAACAAUUAAGAAAUUUAAAUUAUACUUUUUUAUUUUUAAUACAUACUUUGGUUUAUUGUGAUUGUAUAGGUGAUAAUUAGGGCAGAGGACUUGUAACUCUGAAAAAUCACCAAAUAUGCAUUAAAUGUACAAAAUACGCAUUAAAAAAUAAAUUAUU